AUGGCCAUUCCAGGUGAUUCUGCUCAGUCAAGUGAUUCAGUCGUUCCCUCAAUUGAUUCCAACCAUCCCUUAUAUAUGCACCCAUCUGAUAAUCCGGGUGCUAUGUUGGUGUCAGUACCGUUUGCCGGGAUUGGUUAUCGAUCAUGGAGGAGGAGUGUUCUACGAUCACUGUCAGUGAAGAACAAAUUGGGUUUCAUCAAUGGAGAAUGUCGGCGACCCAAAAGCAUUGAUCCAACCUACAGGCAAUGGGAAAGGUGUGAUGACAUUGUCACAUCAUGGAUUCUUAACUCCUUAUCGAAGGAAAUCGCUGAUAGUGUUGAGUAUGUUGUGGAUUCAACAGAGCUAUGGAAAGAAUUGGAGGACAGGUAUGAACAAACUAAUGGAGCGAAGCUGUAUCAAAUCCAAAAAGAGAUCAAUGAUACGUCUCAAGGAUCACUGGAUAUAACUGGAUAUUAUACCAAAUUGAAGAAGUUGUGGGAAGAGCUUAGUACUUUGAGUGCCAAAGCUAAUUGCACCUGUGAUUGCACUUGUGGAGCCAAGGCAAUUGUUCACAAGGUGGAGCAGGAUCGUCGUUUGAUUCAGUUCCUUAUGGGACUUAAUGAAGUUUAUACAAUAAUGCGAGGUAGCAUACUCAUGAUGAAUCCUUUGCCAUCUAUGGCGCAAGCUUUUUCCUUGUUGGUUCAGGAGGAACAACAGAGGGAAAUUAAGCCAGCCAAUCACCCAAACUUGGAGUCUGCUGCGUUACAUGUUGGUACCAGCAGAUCCUCCAAUUACAGAACAAAUUAUACCACAAAUACUUCCAAACCCUCUCUGCAGUACAAAGACAAAUUCUGUGACUAUUGCAAGAGAACUGGUCAUCUUGUUGAGAAGUGUUAUCGGCUUCAUGGUUAUCCAUCCAAUUCAAACCAAACCUUCAACCGCCAAUCUUCUAAUCCAAAUUCCAACAAACCAGUUCCAAAUCAGAGAAACAAUGACUACCAAGGCUCAAAUCAGAGAUUUAACAAUGUUCGAGGAGGACAUAAUCCACAGGGCAUUAGAUUCAAAGGUAAUGGACAUAGGGCAGUCGCAAAUGUCCAUUGUGCACAAGAUUCCGAGAAUGGGAAGAGAUCUGCAGAUAACUCUAAUCAUGAGGAGAUGUACAGUGUGAAUCUUACCAAAGAUCAAUAUGGUCGAGUACAGGACAUGCUUCAACAUUUUCAGGGAGAGCAUGGUGAUGAUGGCAACUCAAAUUUCACUGGUGGCACUGUUGACUUUGCAGAUUCUGGAGCAUCAAACCACAUGACUUUCAACAUAUCCUUACUGCACAAUAUUAUCACACUCCCAUAUCCAAUAUUAGUAGUAUUGCCAAAUGGAUAUAAGGUUAAGGGCCCUUCAAUGAAGAGGCCUCUGGUGAUUGGUAGGGCAGAAGAUGGCCUAUAUUUUCUAUGUCCCAAGUGUGUCCAGAGUUCCAACCCAUCUAGUUCAUUGUUUCUGAAAGACUCAACCUCAUCUAGCAAUUUAAAUUUGUGCAAUUCUUGUAAACCUCAUGUUGCAGCUGAUACUUCUUGUUUGAAAAAUCAUAAAUGUACACAUUACCCUGAAAAAGGGACUUUGAGAAAUAAAGAUUUUGUUGCCAAGUCUCAUGUUCCUUCUUUUUCAGCUUCUCCUUCUCAUUUGCAUAAUACAGUUUCAGAUCAUCAUGCACAUGCUAAAAAUGAUGUAAAUGUUCUGUGGCACAAUAGAUUGGGACAUGUUCCUUUUGUCAAAAUGAAAUGCAUUUCCACUAUCCCUGCUAAUUUAUGGGGUCCAUACCAUACACCUACACAUGACCAUUUUAAGUACUUUAUAACAAUAGUAGAUGAUUUCAGUAGAUCUACAUGGACCACAUUGUUAAGCUCCAAGAGCAAUGCUCUACAAGCAUUAAAAGUUUUUGUUGCCAUGAUAGAAAAUCAGUUUAACACCACUGUGAAGACAGUCAGAACAGACAAUGGCUUAGAGUUUGUCAAUUCAGAAACAACUCUUUUCUUUCAAACCAAAG